AGACAUUACAACGGAGCGAGUUACAGAGCAACGACCACGGAGACUGGGAACAGUGCGCGGGGUUCCCCGCUCAUGUCUGCAGGGGCCCAGCAGAGGGCGCUCGCGACACACACAACACGGGGUGUUCGUCAACGGUUGUGGCUCUUUGUGGAUUAAAAGUCAUCACCGCGACAAAUAUGAACAACAAAUAUCAUGAAUACGGUGGAGAACAUUAUUUGAGCGGAUGAAGUUUUUACUUGGAAGAGUAAACCACCCUCCAACACACACACACACACACACGCACACAUACAUAACACACGCCCUAGUAAGUGAAAGUGAAACUUAAGCAACAGCAGAGGCCCGCAGGAGAAAAGAGACACGGAGGACGUCGUCCGGUCGAAACAUUUUACUCUUCGCUGAUCUUCUAAAAACAUGGACAGGCCCAACACAUGGAGGAUUGUCCUUCUGGGAAAAACCAGAGUUGGAAAGAGCAGCCUUGCCAACAACAUAUUUGGAGAGGCCAUAUUCAAAAUAAACAAUAUCAGCGACUUGGAAACGCAUCCCACGACAGCCCAAACAAAACCCGUCGGUGGAAGAAGCUUCACUUUGAUCGACACUCCUGGUUUCUUUGACCCGAGCCGGUCUGAGGAGCAGAUGAAGCGUGAGAUGGUGAUGUGCCGCACAGAGUGCGCUCCCGGGCCUCACGCCUUUCUCAUUGUGCUCAAAGUGGAGAAAUUCGUCGAGCACAAUAAGGAUGUCGUCUCAAAAAUGUGCGAAUACUUCCCUAAAGACGCUCUAAAAUACGCCGUGAUCGUCUUCACUCACGGCGACCAGCUGCCAGAGGGAACCACGCUGCACGAGUACGUGGAGGAAAGUGGGGAUCUGGGCGACCUGGUGAAGAAGUGCGGGGGCCGAUGCCACGUCGUGGAUGAUAAAUACUGGAAGGACAACAAAGGGGGCGACAGGAGUAACCAGUCUCAGGUGGUAAUGCUGCUCAGCACCAUCGACCAGCUGGUGAGACAAAACAAGGGAGGAUGCUACACAGACAAGACGCUGGAAGAAGUCUGGGGCCAGAUCCAGAAAGAGGAAAAGGUCCUGAGACCAUCAUCACGACACAUGUCGGAGGAAGAGAUCAGGAAGCAGGCGAAAAGCAUCGUCUUUAAGAAGCAGGCAGACGACGCAGAUCAAACAUGGUGGUCUUAUUUCACCAGUAUGAUCCCUGGUGUGCUGAGAUGUGGUAGACCAACUAUUGAAAGCGUUCCCAUUUAAAUUGGAAUGAACUGCACCAGAACUGGCAGAAGUGGUGGUAGAACAAGCUGGUCUCCACCAGCCAGUACGAUGGGAGAGGAAGUGGAGGUAUUAAUCACACAUUGAUUACGCUUUCUUUCUUUUCUCUUUUCAAUCCGUCUCUUGUGUGGCCAACUUCAUGGAAGCGGAAUAUUUAAUCACAAGUGCAAUGGCGAUGGCUUUAAAUGUUGUAUUCUAAAUGCCUUUUGUGAUAUGUGUAUAUUAGUCAUGCAUGUAUUAUGUAACAUUAAACAGCUGAUCCAUCUUG